UUUAAGUGUGGUUACAACUGAGGAGAUUGUGUUUUUCUUUUAAUAUGUGGUAUGUAUUAUGGGAUAAAACUAAUCACAUGACAAAAUAGAAGCUGCUACACAGAGUGAUGGAGGUUCACCCAGGUACUCCAGAGCGUCCAGAUAACGAACAUAAGCUUGAUAAAGGAUCAGUUGGGAAGUGUAUGCGCUUGGUUCUUCUCUUUAUCACCGUCGUGCUGGUUAAAGGACUUUUAAUCAUAAGUGCCAACUUUGUAUUGAGGGUAAACGUUGGAGAAUCUGGAGACCUAAAGGUGAAGUCAGUUUGUGUGAGUGACGAGAGCACAGACAGCGAGAAGUUACAGCUUCAAGCAGAAAUCCAGAGACUCACAGCGCUCCUACACAACUUCACUACAGACCCUCGAUGCCAGCUUUGCCCGAAGAGAUGGCACUGGUUAAAUGGUCACUGCUACUUCAUCUCAGCUGGACUUGAAGAAGACCGCAAGUGGGCCGAGAGCGUGGAGCACUGCGCCGAGCAGAACGCCAGUCUGGCCAUCAUUCAGCAGGAAGCUGAGAUGGAGUUUCUCCUGAGUCAGUUGAGCAGGUUUUCAGAGACGCCGUUCCUCUGGCUCGGCCUCACUGACGCACAGGUGGAAGGUGUGUGGGUGUGGCAGGAUGGAACUCUGCUACAAAACCACAGGUUCAUAAAGAUGCAGUGGGACUCUGAUCAUAGAGACUGUGCGGAUCUGAGAGGUGACGGAAGUGUGUUCGCGUCUGACUGCGAGUCCUACGGGCCCUGGCUGUGUGAGAAACCCAUGGAGCCAGCAGGGAUUUAAGUUGUAUUAAAAAGCUCCAAAAGUAUUGGCGCCCUUCAUCAAAAUAAAUAUAUAUGGCAUUUCAUAAUUAAUAUUACCUGUACAGCACUGAUGAUCAAUGUUGGAGACUCGGUUUGUCUUGGAUUCCAAUGCUUCUGCUUUUCAUUCGUAUCCAGAGGAUGAGUUUGUCAUGAUGAAUAUCAUGUCCCAGAAUUGUUUCUCGGUUGAUUUAGUUGCAUGUCUCAGCUUAAUAUCUUUUUUCAAAGUUCCAAAUUUUGCCAAUGAUUACCUUCCUGAUACAUGCAACAAGCAUUUUGGGGGGUAAAACAUCCUGCUUCAGAUCCCAAAGCCUCAGUAAUCCAGAGUCAUGUUUCCCAGUACGCUGGUCAGCUUUUCCUCAUGCGCAUUCGCCCUCUUCACCAAACAUAAUCACCUAAACCUUUGGCCUUUUUUCCCCACCCAUAUGAUCCGAUCUGUAGUUCCACUGAGACACGGUGAAGAUGAAGGAGCUCCAUUUUGCGUCUUGCUAUCAAGACGGACUUGUCGAGUGAAGGGUGCCAAUAAUUCUGGAGUUGGUUGUAGGCAUGAGGCUGUUUUGAUAUAUUAAUCAUGAUAUUGUUGCUUAGUGAGCGAUUAGACCGGUUUUCACCUCCACUGACUGUAAAUAAUGUGUCUUAGUAUCUACAUGAGGUCUUCCCUCUCCCUCUCUCUUUCUUUUCCAGUAUUAGUCAGGAUAAAUCAAUGAACCUGAAUCAUAAAUACAGAAUUGUUGAGAUGAAAGUAUGAAAUCAGUUUUGAAAUCUAAAGGUUAGUUUUAUCUCUACAUCCAUUUUAAAAGAUGUGAAGAGGUUUUCUCUUUUUUUGUCUUUCUUAAAAAAAGUAAUUUUAUUAAAUUUCUGUAGUCUGAAUGCCGUCUUUACAUGUAUAUAUAUAUA